AUGAAUGCUGAGACUUGUGUGUCUUACUGCGAGUCGCCGGCUGCUGCCAUGGACGCCUACUACAGCCCGGUGUCGCAGAGCCGGGAGGGCUCCUCGCCUUUUAGGGCAUACCCGGGCGGCGAGAAGUUCGGCACAACUUUCCUAUCGGCCGCCGCCAAAGGACAAGGAUUCGGAGACGCCAAGAGCCGGGCCCGCUACGGCGCGGGGCAGCAGGACCUGGCGGCACCCCUGGAGAGCGGCGCCGGGGCGCGGGGCUCCUUUAACAAGUUCCAGCCCCAGCCUCAGCCGCCGGCCCCGCAGCAGCCGCAGCCGCAGCCGCAGCCGCAGCCACAGCCACCCGCGCAGCAACCGCAUCUCUACUUGCAGCGCGGCGCUUGCAAGACGCCCCCGGACGGCAGCCUCAAAAUCCAGGAAGGCAGCGGCGGCCACAACGCGGCCUUGCAGGUCCCCUGCUACGCCAAAGAGAGCUCGCUGGGUGAGCCAGAGUUACCGCCUGACUCUGACACCGUGGGGAUGGACAGCAGCUACCUCAGUGUGAAGGAGGCUGGGGUGAAGGGGACCCAGGACCGGGCCAGUGCCGACCUCCCCAGCCCGCUGGAUAAGGCCGACUCAGAGAGCAACAAGGGUAAGAAGAGGCGGAACCGAACCACCUUCACCAGCUACCAGCUGGAGGAGCUGGAAAAGGUCUUCCAGAAGACCCACUACCCCGACGUGUACGCACGGGAGCAGCUGGCCAUGAGGACAGACCUCACCGAGGCCCGCGUGCAGGUCUGGUUCCAGAACCGAAGGGCCAAGUGGAGGAAGAGAGAGCGUUUUGGACAGAUGCAGCAGGUCCGAACCCACUUCUCCACCGCCUACGAGCUGCCCCUCCUCACCCGAGCUGAGAAUUACGCCCAGAUUCAGAACCCAUCCUGGAUCGGCAACAAUGGGGCCGCCUCACCGGUGCCAGCCUGCGUGGUCCCCUGCGACCCGGUGCCUGCCUGCAUGUCCCCUCACACCCACCCGCCUGGCUCGGGGGCCAGUGGCGUCACCGACUUCCUGAGUGUCUCUGGGGCCGGCGGUCAUGUGGGCCAGACACACAUGGGUGGCCUGUUUGGAGCAGCAGGGCUCAGCCCGGGCCUCAAUGGCUACGAGCUCAACGGGGAGCCGGACCGCAAGACCUCGAGCAUCGCGGCCCUCCGCAUGAAGGCCAAGGAGCACAGCGCGGCCAUCUCCUGGGCCACAUGA